GAACUUUGAUAGUCACACACUCGCAGUAUUGAAAUGACGAUACUUACUGUAGUUAGUUUUAUCCUUUUGUUGAACUGUAUCAAAUGGACGAUAGCCAGUACCGAUUCACGAAUUAUUGGUGGUUAUGAAACUAAAAUUGAGGAUGUUCCCUAUACAGUUUCGCUUAUUAUGAAAAACUAUGGUCAUUUUUGUGGCGGUACUAUAGUCUCGCGCAUAUACAUUGUUACGGCGGCGCACUGUGUGUAUGAUAAGAUACCUGCUGAUAUUACCGUUCGUGCCGGGUCCACUUUCAAGAACAAGGGUGGUAAGAUCCGAGAAGUCAAGAAAAUUAUCAUACAUCCAAAGUAUGGUAAAGAUGUAUCACUGGACUUUGACAUUGCGUUAUUGGAACUGAAAAAAUAUUUGGGGAAAACUGACUUCAUCGACUCGAUACCCAUAGCCCACCAUUUGGAAAUGUUGUUCAAAAGACAAUCUAAAUGCAUUGUUUCGGGUUGGGGGAAAACCAGGAAAAACGAUAGUCGGUUCCAGCCUUUGAAGAGUGCCAAAGUACGAAUUGUUGACGAAAUACAGUGCCAGAAAGCACUGACUCGGAAGACGAUUACCUUCAAUAUGGUCUGCGCUGGAGGCGACAAGGACGACGCCUGUCAGGGAGAUUCGGGUGGCCCAAUGGUAUGCAACGGGAAGCUUGUAGGGGUGGUCUCCUUCGGUGAAGGUUGUGGCACAUUGGGUAAACCUGGAGUAUAUGCGUACGUUCCUCAAAUGUGGGAGUGGCUCACUGGUUAUAUUGGGGACGGGAAUUGGGUUGAUAUUGAAUAAAUUGCUAAGACAGUCUUAGAAUAUAAUUUUAAA